ACGUGACAGGAAAUAACCAUAGUAAGAUGAUUCGGGAACUGGGAAGAUGGGAAGAGCUUGAACAAAAUUGAAGAUUAAGAGCUAAAAAGAAUGAUGUGAGUGCAGUGUACUACCAGUAUAAUUUUGUUACGUAAAUGUGUAUAUCAUUAACUUGAUUAAGGUGAUAAAAGUAUUUAAGUAUGGACGUGAAAAGAACAUUUAGUAGGGGUUGAGCAGUCUAUGUGCUAAAAUUUUUAUAAAUUUGCCCAUUGUGAUUUACUUGAAAUGUGAUAAAAAUACUAGAAGAACAUUUUAAAUUAAUGAUAUUGAUGAAUAGAAACUUGAAUUAGGAAUGUUUGGUGAAUAUAAUGACUUUGUUGCUGUCAAUGUGCCUGCUGAGGGUUUGCCAGAGAAAAAGAAGAAAAAUUUAUGGAGGUGGUGGAAUCAACUAUCGAGAUUUCAAAGAAAUGUUUUCUACAUGGUAAUAUCAGUACUGUGUUUCACUACUUUGUAUUUUAGCAUAGGCAAUAUUGAUAAUGCAACAGUAAAAUCAAAUAAACAGAAGAUUGUUUCACCAUUAUCAAAAGAAAAUUUGGAAAAUUAUGUAAAAGAUCAAGAAAACAAAUUGGAGGAAAUUGAACAACCAAUUCCAGCUGACUUUGAGAAUUAUGACAAAAGUAGUGUUCUGUUCAAAGGACCCACAACUAAGAGACAGCAAGCGGUGGUCCAGGCCUUUAAACAUGCAUGGAAAGGAUAUAAGAAAUUUGCAUGGGGACAUGAUCACCUAAAACCUAUAUCAGAGAGCUAUCAUGACUGGUUUGGACUUGGUCUGACUAUAGUGGAUUCCCUUGAUACUAUUUAUAUUAUGGGAUUAAAGGAAGAAUUUGCUGAAGCCCGAAAUUGGGUUGCUGAACAUUUAAAUCUUAAUCAAGACCGAGAUGUAAACUUAUUUGAAACGACCAUUCGAGUGCUGGGAGGUUUACUCAGCGCAUAUCACUUAUCAGGGGACUCGAUAUUUCUAGAUAAAGCCAUUGAUUUGGGUUUGCGUUUACUUCCAAGUUUUAAAACUGAGUCUGGCAUUCCGUUUUCGGAUGUAAAUUUAGCUACUAAAUUGUCACAUCCUCCAAAGUGGUCACCAGUCAGUAGCACAUCUGAAGUCGCAACCUUACAACUGGAAUUCACGGAUUUAAGUAGAAGCAGUGGGGAUUUCAUUUUCGAAAAAACUGCUGCAUUUGUAUCUGAACAUAUUCAUACGUUGACGAAAAAGGACGGGCUUGUACCAAUUUUUAUUAAUGCAUUCUCGGGGAACUUUAGGAGUUACUCUACAAUUACGUUUGGUGCUCGAGGUGAUAGUUAUUAUGAGUACUUGGUAAAGCAAUGGAUACAAACUGGAAAAACCGUUGAUUAUUUAAAAAAUGAUUACCUAGAAGCUAUAGAAGGUAUGAAGAAGAACCUGGUUCGUCGUACGGUUCCGAAUGGUUAUCUUUUUGUUGGUGAACUGUUGGGAGGAGGAAAAGAAUUCAAACCUAAAAUGGAUCAUUUAACCUGUUAUUUACCUGGUACUUUGGCUCUUGGUGUUCAUCACGGUUUGCCGUCCGAUCACAUGAACCUUGCCUAUGAACUUUUAGAAACCUGUUACCAAACUUAUGCUCAACAACCGACAUUUUUGGCACCAGAGAUCACGUAUUUUAAUAUCCAGCCUACUGACCAAGCGAAUGAUAUAUACGUGAAAACACCCGAUGCCCAUAAUUUAUUGCGACCGGAGUUUAUUGAGAGCCUAUGGUAUAUGUAUCAAAUCACGAAGAACACAACGUAUCAGGAUUGGGGUUGGCAAAUAUUUGAAUCUUUCGAAAAGUACACAAAGGUGUCUAAUGGCUAUACGUCUAUUGGUGAUGUUCGCAAUCCAGAGAAUGUAAAGCCUCGUGACAUGAUGGAAUCGUUUUUCCUGAGCGAAACGAUUAAAUAUUUAUAUUUACUUUUCAGCGAUGAUCCCAAAUUGAUUGAUAUCGAUCGAUAUGUGAUGAAUUCGGAAGCCCAUCCAUUACCCAUUCAGUCUUAAUUGAAUAACAGCUUUUUAAAGUAAUGGUGGUAUUUGUUUUUGUGAAAUAGAUUCGUUGUUUAGAUUCUGUUAGCUUUGAUACUAAUUGUUAUCGACUUGCUAGUGUUUUUAUUGCAGUUUAUAACAUUGAUUUCGUAAUGACAUUUUCAACUUAUUGAAUUAAGAAAAGUCUAUGUCUACAGUAAAAUAGAUUUGUAUAAUAAGUUUAUUUGCUACACACGUGGGAAAAAUUGCAUUGUUUAUUAUUUGUUAAUUUUAUUGACCACUAUAUUAACAAUGUCGACGUUUUGUACAAAAAUUUUGUUAUGAUAGAAAAAUAUGUUACCUUAUAUUUUAUAACAUUUAAACGACUGAAUAAUUAAUACUUAAAUAUGCCAUGAAAACAAAAGAGAGUUAUGUUGUACAGACCGCUUUCGUGAUUCGACUUUCUUGAUUAAAAUAUCUACAUAGUCUAUUUCUGUAUACAAUAUUUGAAUAAGUUGCAGUAUAAAUUUAACAGAAAGUUUUUAUAGGUACAGACGAGGUUGAGUUUUUUUAUAUUUUAACAGGAUGGUUUAAAAUUAUAAAGACUGUCAGAAAAUAAGUGUGGUUGUUAUUUAAAUAAACCGUUUUUCAGUUGUCAGAACAACCACCUGCACGAAACACGUCCAAAUAUUUUUGAAGACUUUUUCAUUGUAAUUUAAAGUAGAAUUUAAACUGAAAUGAGGAGCACAAGAAAUUGACUGAAAUAAUAUCCUCUCUAGUUUCGAAAUGUAUUUACACUUUUUUUCAUUUUAGAAUAUCCUUUACAUUCCACACUUUUAUAAUGCAAAAGAUAACAUUAUUUAGCAUUUUGAAAAUAUUAAGUAAUCAAUGUGUCAUUAAAAAAAAAAUGGGGAAGCACAAUCAUUCAAAUUGUUUUUUUAAUUACAUAGAACUUAUUGUACUUAGGUCGUUAAGAGCAAGCUUACGGCGAUAUAUUUUAAGUAACUAAAUAAAUAAAUAUACAAAA